CCCAAAAAGAAUGGGACGGUUUGACUUUUUGGGAAAUUAAGGGAGGGAUAUUUUGGUAUUGACUUUCCAAAAAUACCCUUGAUGUGAUGGGUAAAAGUAGGAUGUGAUGGGUAGAUUAUUAGAAAAAAGCACCAUGGCACUACACCUGUGGGGAUUAGUGAUCGAUGCCGACAAUGUGCGAUGAUAACAGGAGCAAGAGGCUGAACGGGGUGGCCAGCGCCGGGACUGUGGCCAGGAUUGUCGGCGUUAACAUAGCCGUAGGCAGUGGUGCCGCCUUCAUAAUUAUUGUCGUUGAUGGACGCCACGUUGUAAGGCAGCUGAUGAAAGUGAAGAGGUUUCAUCAGUGGUCUUUCAUGGCUCACGUGAAUCCCAAAGGAGAAAAGGAGUGCCAGAAACACAGCACAACAAUUGAAAAGGAGGGGGAAGGGCAUCGCACCAACAGGAAAGUGAGCAGCGGCUUUUGGCCGCUGCAAUUGUCGCCACCGGAGAAGAAAGCAGACGGCGGUCGACCACGGCUCGCCGGCGUUUGACGAUGGUCGGCGGUGAUAGGUGUGGCAGUUCCUUCAAGCUCUAAUUCUACAAGUUUUCAUCAUCUUCUUCUUCAAUAAUUGUCCUCAAGAGUGUGAAGCGUUGGGAUUAUUAAUCGAUGAUAAAGAAUUCAUUGAAGGUAUAAAAGAGGCUUCCGAGCUUGGUUCUGGAAAUCAAUUGAGAAAGUUGUUCGUCACAUUGUUGGUGACGAAUGACAUGAGUCAUCCGUGUGUUGUGUGGGAGAAAACAUGGGAACUAUUGGCUGAUGGGAUUUUAUAUGACCGAAGAAGAUUAUUACGCAAUCCAGAACUUACCAUCUUGCCCGAUAAUUUCCAAAAAUUAUGUUUGAUUGAGAUUGAGAAAUUACUUAAUUCAAACAGACGAUCUUUAAAGGAGGUAGCAUGCCAUUUCCAAUUGACGACCCACUUAAUAGAUUUCAAAAUAAUUUCUUAGUCGAAGA